CGCUUCACUCGCCACCGCCUCGCAGCCAACUCCCGCUUCUGCCAUGUCCGCCGCCGCAGCCGCUCCCGCCGCUCCGCCCGCGCUGCAGGGCGGCGUCGUGCGCAGUGUCCUCUCCGGCGACACGCUCAUCGUGCGCCCAAAGGGCGUCAACACGCCCGGCAGCGAGAGCAUCGUGCACAUCGCCGGCAUUGCUGCGCCGCGCAUGGGCAGCCGUGAGCGCGAUGACGAGCCACAAGCAUUUGCCUCGCGCGAGUUCCUCCGCACGCUGCUCGUCGGCCGCGAGGUGCGGUAUCGCCAAGAAUACGUCGUGCCUGUCGCCGGUGCAGCUCCACGCGUCUUCGCCCACGUCUUUCUGCCGCCGGAGACGCCUGGUGGACCCGACACCAAUGUCUCGCACAAGGUGCUGUCUGCCGGCUGGGCCCGCGUCCACGACAGUGGCUCUCGCCGCAACGCCAACGCCACGCCUGAGGAGGAGGAAGAGGGCGGCUGGAAGGCGGUGCAGCGCCGCGUGCAGGACGAGUCCCAAAGCGCCGCGCGUGGCCUCUGGGGGCCCGACGACCUGCUGCGCGUCGAGUACAACAUGCCGACCGACGGCAUGGCGUUCCUGAGCGAGUGGAAGGGCAAGGAGAUCGAGGCCGUCGUCGAGCAGGUCCGCGACGGCUCGAUGCUGCGUCUGCGUCUCUUCCUCAGCCCGCGUCACCACCAGCUCAUCAACCUCAGCCUUGCGGGCGUCAAGAGCCCGCGCGUCUCUGGCGGCGGCGGUCCCGGCUCCAACGAGCCGUCGGAGCCUUUCGCCGAGGAGGCACGCUUCUUUGUCGAGUCGCGCCUCAUGCAGCGCAACGUCAAGGUCUCGCUGCUCUCCAUGCCCGCACCCACCUCGGCGCCCACGCCCUUCGGCAGCAAUGCGCCGACACCCGCGCCGACCGCACCCAGCAUGCUCAUCGGCUCCGUUCUGCACCCCGUCGGCGACAUUGCUACGUUCCUCCUCGGCGCCGGCCUGGCGCGCUGCGUCGACUGGCACGCCGGCAUGCUGCAGGGCGGCAUGGAGAAGUACCGCCAGUCCGAGCGUGCGGCCAAGGAGAAGCGCGCCGGCAUCUGGAAGAACUGGGAGCCGGCCAAUGCUGGCAGCAACGGCGCCGCCGGCGCGGGCGCCGCCUCCAUCCUCGCUAGCCCCGAGGCGCGCACCUUUGACGCCGUCGUGACGCGCAUCAUCAGCGGCGACACGCUGCAGGUGCGCAAGACGUCGCCGGCCGACUCGCCCGAGCUGCGCAUCCACCUCAGCUCCAUCCGGCAGCCGCAGGCCAAGGACUCGGCGCAGGCGGGCUACGCGCACGAGGCGCGCGAGUUCCUGCGCAAGCGCUGCAUCGGCAAGGGUGUGCGUGUGCACAUUGACUGGGUCAAGAAGCCCGAGGGCCAGUUCGAGGAGCGCCGCUACGCUACCGUGCUCACCACGACGGGCAGCAAAGAGACCAAGGGCAGCAGCGUCGGCGAGCUGCUCAUCCAGAAGGGUCUCGCCACCGUCACGCGCCACCGCCGCGACGACGAAGACCGCAGCCCCGAGUUCGACAAGCUCAUGGCCGCCGAGGCGUCGGCCGUGGCCGAGAAGCGCGGGCUGCACUCCGGCAAGCCGAUGGACGCGCCGCGCCUUGUUGAUGCCAGCGAGAGCGCCGGCAGGGCCAACUCGUUCCUUCUCGCGCUCAAGCGCGGCGGCAAGCAGGCUGCCGUCGUCGAUUUUGUCGCCUCGGCGUCGCGCUUCAAGCUCAUCGUGCCGCGUGAGAACGCUCGCAUCACCUUUGUGCUCGCCGGCAUCCGUGCGCCGCGCACGGCGCGCAACGCCAACGAGAAGGACGAGCCAUUCGGACGCGAGGGCCUCGAGUACACGAGCUCGCACGCACUGAUGCGCGACUGCGAGAUUGCCGUCGAGGGUGUCGACAAGGUGGGCGGCUUCAUCGGCGCGCUCUACCUCAACCGCAGCGAGAACUACGCGGUGACGCUGGUGGAGCAGGGCCUGGCAAGUGUGCACGGCUACAGCGCCGACAAUCUCUCCUACGGCCCGCAGCUGUGUGCGGCCGAAAAGGCGGCCAAGGAGGCGCGCAAGGGCAUGUGGGCCGACUGGAGCGAGGAGAAGGAGGCCGCCGCUGGCGCCUCUGCUGAUGCCUCCGCCGCUGCCGCUGCUGGGCCCAGCAGCCGCACCAACGGCUGGGGAGCGCCGGCGGCACCCGUGGCAGCGCGCGACGAGUACGUCGACGUCGUCGUGUCCGACGUGCGCGGCGACGCCGGCGCCUCGGGCACCGUGCCCUUUGCCUUUUCCGUGCAGAUCCUCGACGACAAGAUCCAGGGCCUCGAGUCGCUGCAGGCCGAGCUCAACCGCGCCGUGCCGUCUGCGGCACCUGCCGGCUUCACGCCGCGCUCGGGUGACCUGCUGCUCGCCAAGUUCUCUGGAGAUGGCGCCUGGUAUAGAGCCGUUGUCACGCGCGCCCACCCGGCACAGCGUCGCGCUGCCGUCACGAUGAUCGACUACGGCUCUCGGGACGACGUUGCAUACGCAGACCUCCGGCCGCUCGACGCGCGCUUUGGCAAGUCGCGCCUGGCACCCAUGGCGCACGACUGCCGCCUCAGCUUCGUCGCGCUGUACGAGGGCAAGCCGGGCAGCGGCGCCGACGAGUACGCCGCCGAGGCACAGGACCGCUUCCGCGAGCUCGAGGGCCGCAAGCUCAUUGCCAACAUCGACCAGCGCGAGCCGGGAGCCAGCGGCUCGCUGCACCUCACGCUGUACGACCCGGACAACGCCUCGACGAGCCCCGAGGCGUGCCUCAACGUCGACCUCGUGCGCGAGGGCUACGCACUGCCGGACCGCAAGGUGGCCUACUACAAGGCACGCCCGGCCAUCGUCGCCGCGCUCGAGGCUGCAUCGGCGGAGGCUCGGCGCUACCACCGCGGCAUCUUUGAGCUCGGCGACCCGACUGGCGCAGACGACUAAGCUUGCACGCGCUGCUUGUGUUUCUGAGGGCAAUAAGACAAAAGACAUGGGGCUUCGAAGAGAGAGCACG